CUCCCUCCUCCUUCUGACCUCUCUGUCGAUUUGAAGAAAAGGGAAAUAAAGAUGUAUGCUUGUUCGUCUUCCCUCUAAACCCUCUUUGAGCCGAUUCCAUUUUCUCGUUUGCUUGGGAGAUUGGAGUACCCUUGUCUCGGUGUUCUUGCUUGCUGGGGUUUUCUCGUUGCGGCUUAUUGCAGCAAGUUAUUGGCUUCAAGUUGGGAACUUUUUUUGUUCUUCUCGUUGCGGCUUAUUGCAGCAAGUUAUUGGCUUCAAGUUGGGAACUUUUUUUGUUCGUGUUGAUUGAUUCAUUGAAAGUGCAAAAAUGGCUUCCAGUUUGCAGCAAUGGGAAGCCGAUCCUCUCUUCUCAGCAGCCGAAGUUGUUCAAGAUUCUGCCGACAGGAUGGACUCAUUGUUUCGCCUUCUUCUACACGACCAAGCCUUGCUUCAAGAGGAUCAUUCUGAUCCAAGGCUGCUCGCCACAAUAGAUUACCAUAGGCGGGAUCUCGUGACUAUUCUCGAAACAGCAAAGUGGCAGUUGGAAGAUUUCGAACGAGCAGUCAACACUUCAGCCAUGGCAGACAAGUCUCAAUCGAAGGAGGAUGUGGUAGCUAGACAUAGGCAGUUCAUUACAGCAAUUAGGGAACAAAUAAAGCUUGUUGAGGAAAGAAUAGAGGGUCCUUCGAUGAGGAAAAGCGCGUGGGUGAAUUUGAAUGACCAGGACAGGGAUGGAUUGGCUUUGUUUCUUGAUCCAACUUCAGCAUUGAGUUUAACAGGUGAUGAGAUUGUUGAGCAAGAAAAGAUUGAGAAGAUACAAAUGAAUGGACAUGUACAUGGACACCAUUGUCUUGUGAACGGAGAUACACAUAAAGAGAUCUCCAGUGAUAGGGAUUGCAAUAUUGAGGGGAAGUGGGACCUGGAAGCUAGUGAAGCAGCACCAUCCAGAAAUAUAUUCCAUGAAAACAUGCUGAGAGGAGUAACCAGUAGAGUUAAUUUGAGAUUCUUGAGAAAUUUCUGGACCAUGUAUGGGAACAAAGGCAGCAGAAGCCAUACAAAGAGGUUGAAAGAUGGGGAAGAUCAAAUCAAUUCCCAAACACCCUUCGAUGAUUCCCCUUAUGUUCAGGGCCAAUUAGGAUGUGGAUUUGAAAGCUUCCAAGUUCUAAUUUCUAGGUUUCAGGCUAAUGCGGUACGGUUGAGUAGCAAUCUUGGAGUAAGAUAUCAAAUGUUGCCUGCUCAUGUUCAAGUAAACCGGCAUUCAGUGCAAAUGGUGUUGACGAUGAUCUUUGCCCUCAUAUUUUUGGGUAUACUGGUCUUUAGAAUUGCUUGACCAUAGAAUUCAUUGGUUAUAAGCUCAACUGCAGCAUAAUUAAGCCGUUAAUAUUGCUGAGCUGCAUGCUGGUGAAAGUACAUCCAGAGUACUAAAUUCCUCUUCGGAUGAUGCCCUUGGAAGCAUGUAACAAUCUCCAGGAAGUGGAAUAUUAAUUCAUCAUCAGCAUCGGAUAUAAGUACAGAACACGAAAUCCUAGGACUAGCCUGAUGUUACUUCUGCAUGCAACCUUUGCAGCCACAUUGUAUGAUCAGAUUUAGCCCCAUGGUGCAAGUUCUGAUGAAUGUCAACAAAGUCUACCUGUUAUGUGAAGAACCAAAUUGUUAAUUGAGAUUUUGAAAGUGUUGUGAAGAGACAAAUUGUUAAUGGUGUGCUGACAUUUGUUGUUUCACUUUUUUACUGCACUGUAGAGGAUGGUUGUCGUUGCCCAAAGGAAGUUCAGGCCUUCAUCAAUUCCAACUUCCUAGCCCUAAAACAUAAAUCUCUCUUGGUUAU